UUAUGUAAAAUUAAUCCUGUUAUGUAAUUAAAUGUAGCGAUCAUUUGAUUGCUUUUCCUUACGCAAAUAUAUCAGUGUAGCAAGUCUUAUCGGAUCAGGGUCGUGAAUAUGUAGGAUAAAAUGCAUAGCGUUGGAAGUAAUGGCGACUAUUUGACCCGAGAUGUCGUUUGCGACGACCGUGCCUAAUAAAUGCAAUUCCUUGCAAAAUAAAUGGAGCAUGGUUGUAUUGUAUUCAAAAUUGUGAUUCAAAAGUGUUUAAAUAUUUAUAAAAAAUGACUGAAAAUAAAGAUAUUUGUUAUCCAAACUGCGCAAGCUCUAUGUUUCUGAGAUCUUGCGAAGAGGAAAUAACGACUCCACUCAAGGGAAAUACUACAGGUCACAUACCAUUGUGGCUGCAAGGUACGCUUCUACGAAAUGGUCCGGGAACACUUAAAGUUGGAUCGAUGUCUUUUGACCACAUGUUCGAUGGUUCAGCCCUCCUGCACAGCUUCAAGAUCUCAGAGGGGACGGCGACAUACCAGUGCCGCUUCGUACGUACUGACACGUACAAAAGAAAUCAGGCGGCGAAUCGUAUUGUUGUGACAGAAUUCGCUACUGAAUCGGUUCCGGACCCUUGCCAUACUAUCUUUGACAGGUUCACUGCAUUUUUUAAACCAUUAGAAAAGUUGUCGGAUAACACGGUAGUAUCCGUAUACCCUAUGGGUGAUGAAAUUUAUACUUUUACGGAAUCUCCUAUUAUACAUCGAAUGGACCCAAAGACUUUGAAAACUUUAGAAAGAAAAGAUUUAACUAAAGAUUUUGCGAUCGUGAACCAUUCGGCUCAUCCACAUAUUUUGCCAAAUGGUGACGUCAUAAACAUUGGUUUGUCCUACACGAGCCGGGGGAUGAGACACGUUGUCAUACAUUUUCCAUUUACUGAAAAAGGUGAUAUGUUCGAAAAUGCUCAUAUCGUUGGCAGUAUGAAACCUCGUUGGCAAAUGCACCCCGCGUAUAUGCAUUCAUUUGGCAUAACAGAAAACUAUUUCGUGUUAAUCGAACAGCCUAUGACGAUAUCUUUAAGGACAGUAUUGUGGAAUGUAUUUUUGGGCAAACCUUUUGCUUCUGCUUUACAAUGGUAUCCAAAACUUGAGACGAACAUAGUACUGAUAAGUCGUGAAACCGGAGAAGAAGUGAGACGUUACAGCACCGAGACUUUGUUCUACUUCCACGUGAUCAACGCGUUUGAACACGAUCAAAGCCUCGUUCUCGACCUCUGUACGUACAAAGAUGCCAAGAUAUUGAACGGCAUGUAUAUCAAAGCGAUGCAGUCGAUACAAAGUAAUGCAGACUGUGCCGAAUGGUUUCGUGCGCGGGCGAAACGUCUCGAAAUGCCACUCGAAGCGCCAGCCAUGACGUUUGUAGAGGCCAAGUUGCUGGCUGACAUUGGAUGUGAAACGCCUAGAAUACACUACGAUAUGUAUAACGGGCGUUCGUACCGAUAUUUCUACGCAAUAAGUUCAGAUAUUGACAACAUAAAACCCGGAGCGGUAGUCAAGGUGGACACGUGGACCGGAGAUUAUAAGACAUGGUUUGAAGCGGACAGCUUUGCGAGUGAACCUGUCUUUGUUCCAGAACCACAAGCGCAAGAAGAAGAUGCAGGGAUACUGCUUUGUGUUCUACUCUGUGGUUCUCACGCAUGCAGGAUCAGUCUUGUAUUGCUGGAUGCACGAACGAUGUUAGAAGUUGGUCGUGUCACAUUUGAUACUCCUUCGCCAGCGCCCAAGUGUUUUCACGGCUGGUUUAUAUCAGAACGCGUUCAACCUUGACUCCUGAACUCCAGUAGAGUGACGAUUGUAUUAAGAUUGAAGUUCGUUUGUUUUUAAGUGUCUAGAAUAGUUUAGUUUUGUCUAUCUAGUCAAUAAAAUAAACUAAGAUUUUUCUUAUUAGCGGUCUGAGGCUGGAAUCUAGUGAAACUAAAAUAAAUUUCUAUAUCUUGAA